AAAGUGUAGUUAUUUUUUGGAAGAACAUGAAGAAACAGCUAUGUUGAUUGCUUCGACAUCUAAGAAUCAGAGAAUAAUAUGUUAACAAAAAAAGUUGGGUGAACACUGGGGCAGAAGCAAUUUUUUAAUGUCAAUCAUUAGCAGUCGCACUUAGACUUAUAUACCGCUUCACCAUGCUUUACAGCCCUCUCUAAGGGAUUUACAGAAUCAGCAUAUUGCCACCAACAAUCUGGGUCCUCAUUUUACUGACUGCAGAAGAAUGGAAGGCUGAGUCAACCUUGAGCCGGCUUGGCAGGACAUUUCCGAGAAUGAAGAAAUGUUGCAUGGAGAGAAAAGAAACCAGACUGGCGUCACAGAAUUUAUCCUCUUGGGAUUGGGGAACACUUCUGAGCCUCAACCUCUUCUUUUCUUCCUUUUCCUGAUAAUUUAUCUUUUGACAAUAAUUGGGAAUCUCCUUAUUAUUGUGCUGGUUGUAGCUGACCAACACCUUCACAUCCCCAUGUACUUCUUCCUGGGGAAUUUGUCCUUCCUGGAAACCUGCUAUUCCUCAAAUAUCUUGCCAAAAAUGUUAACCAGUUUGUUAACUGGAGACAGAAUUAUUACUAUGGGUGGAUGCCUAGCCCAAUAUUAUUUCUUUGGCUCUUGUGCAGCUACCGAAACGUAUCUCCUUGCAGCAAUGUCUUAUGAUCGUUAUCUGGCUAUAUGUAAACCUUUGCUCUAUGCUUCUAUUAUGACUAGGAAAUUAUGUUUCCAGCUUAUCGCUGGGGCGUGGAUGAAUGGACUGCUAGCUAAUGGUAUCAUGAUGUUCCUGAUUAAUGAGCUAUUAUUUUGUGGCCCCAAUAUCAUUGACCAUUACUUUUGUGAACUGACUCCUCUACAAAAGCUUUCCUGUACUGAAACAAGCCGUGUUGAACUUGCUACCUUUCUUUUGGCCUUUAUUUUGACUGUUACUCCAUUUGUUCUAACACUCACUUCUUAUUUUUCCAUUAUCACCACCAUCAUGAAAAUCAGAUCCAGCAUUGGAAGGCAAAAAGCUUUUUCAAGCUGUUCAUCUCAUCUCACGGUGGUUUGUCUUUAUUAUGGCACCAUUAUGAUUGUCUACAUGUUGCCCGACACACCCACUCUGAGACAUCUUAAUAAAAUCUUCUCUAUCUUUUAUACAAUUCUGACUCCUUUGGCUAAUCCUAUUAUCUACACAUUAAGAAAUAAAGAAGUUCACAAAACCCUCAGUCGUCUUCAGAAUAAAUUGACACAUUUUUGGAAGUGGUAACCAGUAGGAUUCUUUUUUUAAUAUAGAAUAUCUUGACUAAAGCUGAUAAAUGUAGAAAUGCUGUAAGAGUCACUGAAAGGGAUCUUUAUAACUAAUAUUAAAUUAAUUUUGCCAUUUCUUUUAUGACCAUCCAUCCCCAUGUAAAUUUAUUUCUGCAGCUUGUCACAGGCUCUCAGUUUCUACAAUUUUUUUCUGCUGUCUCUUAGCAUUUUAUAUGGAUUCUAAAAUUUUUGCUAAUGUAUAUGUACAAUCUGAAUAGUUUUGUUAUUAUAUUUCCAAUAGUUUAUAUUUAAUUAUCAUUUAUUAUUUUUUUUAGAAAAAUUCUUAUUCAGUUUUUUUUAUUGUAGGUUUUUAAUUUUUUUAAAAAUUUAAAUGUAAUUUAUAUUAUAAUCCUUUAAAUAAUCAACAUAAAUGUGUGUAUGAAAUAAUGGUCUUUUAAAAAUAAUUUUCUAUUAAUGGAUCUGUUUUGAUAUUUUUUCUUAUAACACAGCUUUGAUUGACUUGUUUACUUCUAUUUGUUCUGGUUGCUGGUUUACUUUUUCCUAUUUAAAAAUAAAGUGCAUAAACCGUAAUGAAUUGUCCAAAAAACUAUACAUCUAAGGCUGCUUGCAUUAA